CAAAGGGUGGGAGGCUGGGUCUGACUUGCCCCUAGCCUUCAGCCAGCACGGACCCGGAGACCCUAAAAUCCCUGGGCGUGUAUGGGGUGGGGGAAGACUGCGGCGUGAUUGGUGCGGCGGCCUGCGCCGGAAGUGAGCGGCUGGCAGCCGGGAGCGGGGGGAGGGAGCGGCGGCGGCCGCGGCGGCGUGAGUCAGUCAGUCAGCAGUUUGUCAGACCGGCCGUCCCUCAGUCCGUUGGUCAGUCGGUGGGUCGGUCGGUCCGUCCUCGUGUAACCUGCCCUUCCCCCCCAUAGAGGUUUGCGGCUUCAGGAUUCCCGGCGGGGCGGGUGCCGCCGCGGCCCGGGAGGGGGCGUGUGUUGUGUGUCUGUGUGUGAGUGUGAGAGGGAGACACAGAGAGGGGGCUCUGUGGCCGGAGCCUCUUUUCGCCGCACUCCCUACUUAGCCAUCCGGCCGGUCACAGUCACGCAGCCCUCGGGGCGGGAGCAGCAGCUGCAGCUGCAGCAGCGGGAAGAAGCAGCCAAGCCCAGCCCGGCCCAGCCGCCGCAGCGAUGGAGCAGUUAUCAGAUGAAGAACUUGACCAUGGUGCUGAAGAAGACAGUGACAAAGAAGAUCAGGAUCUGGACAAGAUGUUUGGGGCUUGGCUUGGGGAGCUAGACAAACUUACACAGAGUUUGGAUACUGACAAGCCAACAGAACCAGUAAAAAGAUCUCCUCUUCGUCAGGAAACAAACAUUGCCAAUUUUUCUUAUCGCUUCUCCAUGUACAAUUUAAAUGAAGCUUUGAAUCAGGGAGAAACUGUGGAUUUGGAUGCCUUGAUGGCUGAUCUAUGCUCUAUAGAGCAAGAACUAAGUAGCAUUGGAUCUGGAAACAGUAAACGUCAAGCCAUAGAAACAAAACCUGUUCUGAAAUUACCUACUAGCCGACAUACCUUGAAACAUGGCACCCUGAAAGGAUUGUCCUCUUCAUCUAAUAGGAUAACUAAGCCUUCACCUGCCAACUACUCCUUGGAUGACAUUACUGCACAAUUAGAACAAGCUUCUCUCAGCAUGGAUGAAGCUGCUCAGCAAUCCAUAAUGGAAGAUGCCAAACCUCUGGUGAUUAAUCAGCAUAGGAGAACAGCAUCAGCAGGUACAGUGAGUGAUGCUGAAGGUCGUUCUGUUAGCAAUUCAUCUCGUUCGAGCAUCACUUCUGCAGCUUCCAGCAUGGAUUCUUUGGAUAUUGAUAAAAUGACCCGGCCUCAGGAACUAGAUCUGACACAUCAGGGGCAGCCAGUUACAGAGGAAGAACAGGCAGCCAAAUUGAAGGCAGAGAAGAUAAGAGUGGCCCUGGAGAAGAUUAAAGAAGCCCAAGUGAAGAAGCUUGUAAUUAGAGUCCAUAUGUCUGAUGACAGCUCUAAAACAAUGAUGGUAGAUGAGAGGCAGACAGUGAGACAAGUAUUGGAUAACUUGAUGGACAAGUCACACUGUGGCUAUAGCUUAGAUUGGUCACUAGUAGAAACCAUCUCUGAAUUACAAAUGGAGAGAAUCUUUGAAGAUCAUGAAAACUUAGUUGAAAAUCUUCUAAACUGGACAAGAGAUAGUCAAAACAAGCUUAUAUUUGUGGAACGUAUAGAAAAGUAUGCACUUUUCAAAAAUCCUCAGAACUAUCUUCUGGGGAAAAAGGAAACAUCUGAGAUGGCAGACAGAAAUAAAGAAGUGCUUUUGGAGGAAUGUUUUUGUGGGAGUUCUGUGACAGUCCCAGAACUUGAAGGAGUGCUGUGGCUGAAAGAUGAUGGCAAGAAGUCUUGGAAAAAACGUUAUUUUCUCCUGCGAGCUUCUGGUAUCUAUUAUGUUCCUAAAGGAAAAGCAAAGGUUUCUCGGGAUCUUGUGUGCUUUCUUCAGCUGGACCAUGUUAAUGUUUACUAUGGACAAGAUUAUCGGAACAAAUACAAAGCACCUACAGACUAUUGCUUAGUCCUAAAGCACCCACAAAUCCAAAAAAAGUCUCAGUAUAUCAAGUAUCUUUGUUGUGAUGACGUUAGAACUCUGCACCAGUGGGUAAAUGGAAUCCGAAUUGCAAAGUAUGGAAAACAGCUCUACCUGAAUUACCAAGAAGCUGUAAAGAGAACAGAGUCAGCCUAUGACUGGACCUCCUUGUCCAGUUCCAGUAUCAAAUCUGGAUCAAGUUCUUCUAGUAUACCAGAGUCUCAAUCAAAUCACUCUAAUCAGUCUGAUAGUGGAGUUUCUGACACCCAGCCAACAGGGCAUAUUCGUUCCCAAAGUAUUGUGAGCUCUAUCUUUUCAGAAGCUUGGAAACGAGGGACUCAAUUGGAAGAAUCCAACAAGGCCAGAAUGGAGUCUUUGAACCGACCCUACACUUCACUUAUGGCCCCUUUAUCCCCACAAACUAAGACAGUCGCCCCCUACACAGCUUCCCAGCCUUCCCCCCCACUACCCCCCCCUCCACCUCCACCUCCACCACCCCCACCCCCUCCGCCCCCCCCUCCGCCCCCUCUCCCCAGCCAGGCUGCACCUUCUUCGGUUUCCGCAGCCACCAUGUUUGUCAAAUACAGCACCAUCACGAGGCUGCAGAACGCUUCCCAGCACUCCGGAGCUCUCUUCAAGCCCCCAACGCCCCUGCUCACACAGCCGCCGGCCUCCCAGGCAGGAAAACCUCAACUGUUGGUGCCUCCUAACGGGGUGGUGCCCCCGCCUCCGCCCCCACCCCCACCUCCCACCCCAGGAUCCGCUAUGGCUCAGCUAAAGCCUGCCCCAUGUCCCCCCGCAGCCCCACAGUUCAACCCUCCUCCUCCCCCCCUGAAAAUCCAUCAAGUACAGCAGGCCCUCAUUCAGGCUACUCCUCCUGCUCCCCCACCCCCGCCUCCUGUGCCCGCCCCCCCACCUCAGGCCCCCCCAAAGCCCCUGGUGACUCUGCCACCAAGCAGCACCAAAACCGCCUCACCCACUGUGACUCAAGCCCCGCUCUUUGCUCCCACCCCUCCUGUGCCCCCAGCCAAAAAGCAGCCAGUUUUUCCCAUUCCCCAGAUUCCCCAAUCCCCGCCUGCCCCAUCUGCUCCAGUUCCCCCCCCAACAUUGCCCAAACAGAGCUUCUGUGUCAAACCCCCUCCUUCUCCCCAGUCUCCGGUGCCAGUGCAGGUGCCGUCUGUGGUGAAGCAGAUAGCCAGCCAGUUCCCGCCCCCCCCUGCCCCUCCUCCAUCGGAGCCUCCACCUCUAAAGCCUGCACCCUCGGGCUUGACACCCCAAUCGCCCCCUGCCGUGAAAGCCAAGCCCAAGUGGCAGCCCAGCUCCGUGCCGUCCCCCGACUUUCCUCCUCCGCCACCCGAGAGCAUCCUUGUGUUUCCUCCUCCACCAGCAGCGACUGCCGGGGUCCCUCCCACCCCUGAGAAAAUUGGCUCUCCGGUCAAAAAGACCAGCAAGACUUCUAGCCCCGGCGGGAAGAAACCUCCCCCCACGCCACAGCGCAACUCCAGCAUCAAAUCGAGCAGCUGUGCUGAAUAUCAAGAGUCUAAAAGACCUUCCGUGGACAGCCUCGUUAGCAAAUUUGCACCCCCGUCGGAACCUUCAGGGUCUCCCAACAAGGAGGUCCCAGCACCUCCCGCAGCUCCGCCAAAGCCCGGAAAACUUCACCUCUCUGGAGUCAGUCUCCCCGUGGUCCUCCCACAAGGAGGCGGCGCAGCAAAGGCUGCUGUGGCUGGGGGCCCUGGGAAGGACCCGGUGGUGGAGUUUCCUUCUCCUCCUUCAGAUUCUGACUUCCCGCCUCCUCCCCCCGAGAUAGAGCUUCCUCUGCCCCCCCUAGAGAUCCCGGCGGUGUUUUCGGGGAGCGCCCCCCCCAGAGUGGCCGUGGUCAACCCUCAGCCUCAGCCCUGGUCCAAAGCGUCCGUGAAGAAAGCCCCUCCGCCCACGCGGCCCAAGCGCAACGACAGCACCCGCCUGACCGAGGCCGCCGAGCCGCAGCCCGCCGCUCCGGUCACGCCCCAAGGGCCCACCUCUCCCAAGUCUGGCCUCAGCGUCCAGCCCGGAUUCUUGGCCGACUUAAACAGGACACUGCAGCGGAAGUCCAUCACUCGGCACGGCUCCCUCUCUUCUUCCCGGAUCUCCAGAACAGAGCCGACGGCCACCAUGGAUGACAUGGCCCUGCCGCCUCCCCCCCCGGAACUGCUCUCCGACCAGCAGAAGCUCGGCUAUGGGGGGAGCCACAUCUCAGGCUAUGCAACGUUGCGGAGGGGGCCGCCUCCCGCGCCCCCUAAGAGGGACCAGAACACCAAGCUCUCAAGGGACUGGUAGCCACUCUGGGAUUCAGGGUCGUUCUUCAGGCCACUGAUCUAACCUAGAAAUUGGGGUGUUCGUCACCUCCCGUGUGAUCGUGAUCCAAACGGUAUCCGGCCGUAGCGAAGGGUAACUGUGUGCGUCCCCCGUCCCCAUACUUAGUCCAAAAGAGGGUCGUGUGUUCGGGUGGGAUGUGUGUGUCUUAGCCCUUGUUCUUUUUUUCUUUCACGUGGAUUGGACCAAAAACCUUUCUUACUUUUCCGCAUUUGAGGUAUUUUGUAGUGUCUGUCCAUGUGCAAUGAGAUGCCGUUUGUGCAUGUUUUAUAAUCUAUAUUGAGUAGGUUUAUAACGGGACAUUUCUCACAAUUAAAAAAGAUGACCAGAAUGUCUAGUUGCUCUAUCUAGACUGCCUGAAUCUUCUCCAUGUGAGGCACAGGGAAGGGGCCGUUUCAAGCCAGGACAUGCAGCUCAGCACCUAGACUAAGUGACAACGUCUGAGACGAUGGCUUAGAAAAGACGUGAUACAACCAAAGCGUUCUGGCUAUAGAAAUGACUUCAUGAUCUGGAGUCACCAGUCUCUGCCACAGGCAGGCUUGUAGAAUGUGGCAUUUGGUCCUUGAUAAAUAACCUUUGACUUGACCAAGAGUACGAUUUGUCCCCCUUCCUUGAGUUUGAAGAAGCUCUUAAUCCAGUUUUAGUUCCAUGUUUCUUUGUUUUGAUUCACUACGAUAUUCCUGUCUAGUACUGACCAUCUAAUGAUGUCCCUCUGUUCCUUGCUGUGUGUCAUUCGUGGCUAUACGGAUUGUGACACUCAUUAUACAAAUAUCACUGCUAGAAGACAUCACUGCCCCGAAAACAUCUCUGGGGGAGAAUAAAUAUCUGUUUGUGCUGCUUUCCCUGGUAGGAGUGACGAGUGGGACUCUUUCUUGGAAAGUUCAUCAUAGGAUAGCCCAUGCUUUUGGCUUCUACGUCUUUGUCCUGUUCAGCAUUAAUGAAUGCAUAAAUCCACAAAGGCAUUUAUAAAUUUUUUUUUAUAUCUUAUAUGGAACUUGAAAAUAUCCUCAGAUCAGAAGAGGAAAAGGGGGGAAAACCACAAAUCAGAAUAAUGCAAUUUUAGAAAUUAUACCAGCUUAUCCAACUACCAGAUAUUGAUUGAAAUUUCAAAUGAGAAGUCCUUGAUAUUUAUCACCUGUUGUGCAUGUGCAGCACAGCACAAAAUCAUGGUGGAACAACUUGAGGUCCAGGGCUGUUUUCCUAGUUUGUCAACUUUUAUUGGCAAGGGUGCGGCUGGGGAGGGGGGGGGGGGCAUCAGGAAUCCUAUCUUGUCACCUUUAUCAGGGUGCCUGGGAGAAGCUGCUUUACCCAGAAGGCUGUGACUGCCUGGUAAACAUGAGCAGAUGAGUCCAUGAUAUUGUAAACGUGUCAAGACCUGUAACUAAGGAGGAGAGAAUCCAUGUAAAUACAUCCUUUGGGAAUAAGAAAAGAUUGAAUCUAGUGUAAAUUUUUCCCUCCUUAGAAAGCAGUAUAAGCCCUAAAGAGAGAGGAAGCAGCACCUCCCUAUAUCACCUCAUCAUUCUCCUGUGUUAAUAUAGUUUGAGCAAUAAGACCAUUGUGCAUUUUAAAGCCAUGCUACUUUAAAAAGCACUUGUUUGUAUUUUCAAUUGUUUCCAAAAUUUCCUGUUUUUACAUUUGUGUGCUUAUGAAGUGUCCUUAAAACAUUUGCAUUGUUGAUUCUGAAGCAUACCCUGGUUUAGCCAGCUAACACCACCUUCUAAAAGGUUAAGAACUAUGCUACUGUCCUUGGGUGCUGCUGUCAUUUUCCACAGCCUUCUACCUGCAGUUUUGUAUUUUAAGGAACACCCACCCAACCCACCUCUUCUUUGAAGCAGAAAUAGUAAGAAUCCGUAUCCAGAUAGCAGUGUUCGGUGCUGGGUUUAGCUUUGUUGAACUUUCAUGAAGUUUGACAGGAUUGUUUUUCCCUGUGAAAAAUCAGAUCUCUUCUUUCCUCCCUGGGGCCUUCAAAGUUUUUCUAAGAAAAUUACAGUUUAGACGAAGUUCUUAAGGAAUAUAUUCAUCAUUCCCUUUUAGAUCGGUUAGGAUUCCUAGCUUUUUUCCAUAUAAUAGUGGAGCAGUCCAAGACCUCCAAUGAGGGCCAACAAUUGGUCAUUUUCUUCAAGAACAAGGACCCUUUGAAUGAACACUAAUGGAGUUUUUGGGAGACAGAAAUGAUGCUACAGACCUUUGAUAAGGAACACAUUGCAGCAAGGAAUGAAGAAAUGUUUUUUUUAAAGCACUGGCAGUCUUGGUUGGACUAAGAACCAUUUCUGUCUUGGGGGGGAUUAUAUAUAUAUAUAUAUUACAAACUGAUUUAAGUUUGUGUUUUCUUAUGUGGAUAUUAGGAAACAAUGGAAUUAAAACCAAAAUGAAAGUCACAGUAUAUUCUUUGAAGGUUCAGAUAAUUCUUCUAGAGAAUUUGCUUUGUUUUGCUGCUGAUAUUUUUGAAACUCUUUUUUUCCCCCAAGGGAUUUUAGGGGGGAAUUAGGGGUUCUUAAAAAAAAACCAACCUCAAACCUUUGAUUUUGGGUAUUUUUGUAGCCAUUCCUUUUUCUCUGUAGGUUCAGGGAAAUAUCUACUGCCAGAUGAUACUAGUACUGUGCCUUCCUUUCACUGCCUCUGCUAACAUUUCUAAUCCAGCAUCAUUUCUCCAGACCCAAGGAGAAAGCUGGAAAUUCUGACUUGGCAGCAUUGACUGCAAGGACCUCAAACAGUUCGGCUUUAAAUUACUGCUUUAGAAGGCAGUGCAAAUUGGUGGUUAUUACAUGUACUAACUAACCUGCUUAUCACCAAUAAAUUGUAUCAUCGAGUUUGAACUACAGCAGGAUCACCUCUCUCUCUCUCUCUCUGGUAAUAAUGUAACUUAUAUGUUUUGUUUUGUUCUUAAACAUUAAAAUAUUCAAAAGCUAGAAUGUGAUCUGGUCUUGGAAAUUAGCAUCUCAAUUUUGCCAAUGUGGCUUUUGGUCAAUGGAGGGAAAUAAUCUGGUAUUUGAGGCAAGUGAUUAUGAUGAGGUUGCUCUAGCUCCUUAAUUAGAUCAUAAUGUGCAAGUGGUUGUUCUUUUAAGUGAGGAAAAGAAGUCUGAAACAAAUUACUGGAAAAAAGAAAAUGUCAAGCUAUGCCUUACAAUGAUACUUGAUUGUUCUUAAAAUUCCUUGUGCAUUUUUAGUUGUCUAUAACUUUGACUCUAUAGAAUGAUGUUCCUAAUAAUAGGUCUCUUCCUAGGGGUAAAUUUGCUGAGAGCCAGGUUAGGAUCCAAUCUUGAAAGUGUUCCUGGGCGAACUUAUUUUUCAUCCAAAACAAUAUGAUGCCUAGAAUGGUUCUGUUAAUUUAUUAUCCACAAUAAAUGCUUACAAUGUAAAUGUGUAAGAAAUAUUCAGGGAAAAUGAUAUCCAUUAUAGAAUGGAAGAUGGAGACCCAAGGUGACAAUACUAAGAACCCAGGAGUGUGUUCUUCCUCCUUGUGAUUAACUGCAACUUCCACAACCUACAAAUGCCUUUCAUUACAUAGGUGGCAGAUAUGGUAUAGAUUAGUUUGUUAGCCAAUAGCUAACUUGAAUCUCUUUCCUCAGCUGUUUCUAAGGAGGGGUGGAGAAAAUUAUAUUUCCUUGUCCUUUUCCAAAAGCUCUGGCCAAGUUUCACCAGGUCCCUGAGAGAAGCGUGAGUUUUUCCCACAUGUCCUUGGCAUCUCCUCCCCCCUCCACCAAUUAGGAUAAUGUCCCUUUGUGGUUGCAUCUUUCAUAUGUCUUAAAAUUGAAAUAGUUUGAUUUUAGCAAUUAAACCAUCCUGUGAACCUCUAUAGUACAGAUAUGUCUAUAAUUCAACCACUCAAACAUCUGACACCACACAAAAAGUGAGAUGGCAUUGAUUUUACAAAGGGAGUCCUUUAAAUUUAAACAACUGUCUGGUGAAUGCACUGAUUGUGGCAAGGAUAACUUGGUAUUCUUUCUAGCUAGUCUCCAAUAAGCUUGAGCCUGGGCCUGAGGAAUGAAUAUGAAAAUGUCUUCCAUUAGAAAUGAUAGAUAAUUAUCCCUUAAGAUACAUCUUUCAUUGAACUCCAAAGAGAAAAAAACAAGCCUUUGAAUGGAAAUUCACCCAUACUAUGAUUAUUGGCUACCACAUAAAACAUUUAAAUUCAUAUUGGCUACAUAACCACAAGUACUAAAUAAUUACAUAUUAUGUCAUAAUUAAAUCUAAAGAAAAACAAUUUGAACUUGUUUGAGCUUCCUUGGAUGAAGUGGUGUGCCUGAAUACUCACAAGUAUACCUUGAACUCUUUGGAGGAACAGCAUUCUAGAAAUCAGUUAAGUAAAUCAAGUAAAUUAAUCUGUGAUGGCUGAUGAAAGGAAGAUAUUAUGUUUCCAGGCAUAGAAAAAAUGAAACCAAGUAUAUAGCCAACUAGUUCUAAACAUCUCCCAAAGUGGAAUGACUUCAGCCAUGAUGAACAUGUUAGUAGCUGUGUUCAGGGCUGUUUACCAAAGACAUUUGUGAUGUUAGGAAAGCCACGUAAAAGGAAAAAGUAUUGCAUUAGGAAAAGAUUACCAGAGCAGAGGAAAACCACACUUUGUAAAAAUGGACAUCUGGACAGCGCUUCUAUUAAGUAGUUUGUCAUGAAUAAUUGAUUCCUACCAUCUCUUCUGAAAUACUCUUUAAUUUUAAAGAAAGCCACAGUCCAUUUAAAUUUUUUUCCUAUUUUUCUAACCUUAUUAAAGGAUUUGGAAUAAUGUAUGACAUAUUUGUAAACUUACAUUUCAAUCUCCCAAAAUAUUUUUUUCAAAAAUCCUUAAGAAAUAAGCAUAAAAUGGAGUUAUCUCCCUUGGUUUUACAGCUUCAUUUUGUUACUAGCCACUUGAUGGGCUUCUGUUCAAAGAUGCACAAUGAAAGUCAUUAUAGUCUGUGCAAAAGCGUGUACUAGAUGUAAAUAGUCAUGUUUACCGCUUUUUAAAGAAAUUGCACCUUUUAUCUUUAAAUGGGACUGCCUCCCCCAUUUCCUAUCCCUCACCCCAACCCCUCAACCCCUGUUCCUUGGGAGGUGGGGGGACCAAAGCUCUUAGAAACUUUGACUUCUAUGGUUUGGGAGAGCUUUGCCAUAUAUAAAUAUAUAUAUUUAUCUGUAUGUAUAAAUAUACUUUUUUAAGCAUGGGAGAGAGGAAAAAGGAACUGCAUUAUAAAGUACCCAAUAUACAAAAGAAUAUGCACAAUUCAAUAAGGAUGUAGUUAUAUUCGAUAUUUUCUUUGUCUUGUCUUUUGCAUAACUGUAUGCUCUUAUUUCAUAAUGUGCCUUGCUCCCUGAUUGUGUGAAACUAUAGAGAGAUAUAUUCAGUACUACUGACCAUGUUCUCAUUAUACUGCUGGAUUAAGUUAUUUUACUGAGUCACUCUCUUGCCAAUUAUUGUUAGUAAACUAUUGUAAUGGCUUAGGAUGGUGGUCAUGAGGUCAGUGUAAAUUUUUUUUUUCAUUUACAUGUUUUCAUUAUGUAAGUUUACUGAAACCUUAAUAAAAUAUUGGCUUCAUUCAUACAUGGUUUUUUUCCCCCCCUCAAGCUGUUCUGCAAAUAGUCACAUUUCUCAAUGGCUAAACAACUGGCCUUUCUUUUUAUACCAUGAUUUCAAGUAGGUCGGAUGGUCAUGGAUUUAUUUGGGAAUCUUUUGCUCUCCUCGGGACCCAAUAAGCAUUUCUUAUCCCACUCCCACCCCUCAAGUUGUUUGCCAGUAACCUGUUAAAAAUAAAAUAAACAUAAAUGGACAUCCUGGAA